UUAGAAACUGCAUGUAUAUAUGAGCGUAAGCUAGUUAUGUUUGCGACGCGAAUACUGGGCGUACCGAUAGUGAAGUAAUGCGAAUCGUUUCCUUAAGUUAUUGAAGUUUAAUAAAUGUUACAAUAAACUCCAUAAAUUCGCGUCAUAAAAAGUGACAAAUCAAAGUUUUGUGUAUUUCGCAGAGUGUUUAUUACCAGGAAAAAAUUGAGAAAAUUUUCAUGAAAUUUCUUUUUAUUCUUAAAAAUUCUGAAUUUUUAAUAAAAUUUUAUGGAAUUUCUUGGAACUUUCAAGGAAAUUUUUGAAUUUUUUUAUUCUGUCUUUUUUGAGAAAAUUGUAUUUUAUCAUUUUUUCUAAUUUUUUUCUAAUUUUUAAUAAUAUGAAAUGCCAAUAGAAUUGAUUACCAAUAAAUAUACAUCCAUGUACAUUAACUUUCUCAUGCGAGUUUUCAUUAAAAAAUUAUUGAGAAUUAAAAUUGAUACGUUGUUCUAAUUUGGUGUUGUGUGUUUAAUCACUUUUCGAAUUCUGUACUUCUAGUGAGAUAAAUCCUUGUGUUGCGGACAGAUCAUUUAAUGCUAUUUUAUUUUAUAUAAUAUUUUGUUUUAGAAUUUUUAGAAUUACUAUUUAAAACUUGAAUGAUUUUUCUUUAUGAUUGUAUGAUUAAGAAACAUUGAAUGAUAAUUUAUUUCACAGCUAUAUUAAAAAAAUUCCUUAAUCUGAAGUUUUUAAUAAAAUUUCUGAAAACUAGAAAUUUUCAAGAAAUUCUUUUACGAAGAAUGAACAUUUUGAUUUUGUAUUGUAUAUAGAUUACGUUCUAAAUGUAGUUUUUUAUCGGAAACAUUGAUAUAUCUAUAUUAAAUUAAAAAAUGGGUAUCGAAAAAAUAACACAACAAUUAUAAUAUUAUUUUCUGCAGUAUUACCCGAUAAGUUGAUUGGAAUACAAACAUCAAUUAUUGAUAAGCUUUUUUAUGUUAAUUUGUAUUUUAUAUCGCCAUAAAAAAUUAAUUUUUAUUUGCAAUUUUAUUUUUUCUAACAAGGCUUUUAUUAGCAAAAAGAUUCAAAUUUUGAAUAACCCUUAUUUCUGAACUUAUUGAAACUUGCAGAGUAAUUGGUUAUCGCGUCACUUCUCGUCGUGACAUAAUAAUUGUUGUGUACAAUGAUAUCGUUUCCCGCCCCUCAAUUUGCGUUUGUGAAAUUGUCAACUUAUAAAUCUUGAAAGCAUUAUAUUGCACUAAUAAUAUAACAGUAAAUUUUUUUACUGCAAUUGAAUUAAUCUCUUGUUAAGAUGGAAUCUACCGAAAAAUCGAUGAGCGUCUCUGUAAAUCUAAAGGAAGAAAAAUUAAGUAUUACCACGCAUGUUUUGGAUACUAGCAGAGGUCGACCUGUUGAUAAUUUGAUCGUGCGCCUCCAUAAGUUCGAAAAUGAGAAGUGGACUUUUUUGAAAGAAAGCACGACAGACUCAAAUGGACGUUGUGGAGAUCUGUUGCAGGGUGAAAAUUGUGCCCCUGGCAGAUUCAAGAUCGAGUUUCAGGUGAACAAUUAUUUCAAACGUAUCGCAACCCUUUCUAUGUACCCGAUGAUCGACGUAGUGUUCGACGUGGAACACCUUAACGAGCACUAUCAUAUUCCUCUGCUGCUGAAUCCUUUCGGAUUUACCACGUAUCGCGGGUCAUAAUCGACAUCACGUUUAAGAUGAUU